AUGUGGAAGAUUCUGGGAGUUCUAGCCUUCUGUGGCCUAUUGAGCCCUGCUGAAGGAACGAUUCCAGGGAUUAGGGUUGCUUUAUCUGAUGAUGAAAUGUCUAAAGCCUUUAAAGGGACUUUAACACAAGAUGAUCUUCUAGCGAAUCACCUGAAAGGCCUUACACUUCUUGACAUCAAGCAUGGCAGUGUUGUUGGGCUUAGUAUUGCGAAUGUCGAUCUUACUGAUGUUAAGGUGUUCUUGCUCGACGGGUCAGCAGAGGUGAAUCUGUAUAUUCAUAUGGACGUCAUUGGCCAUGCGAUCCACAAAAGACCCUCCAGUUUAAUGACUGUUUCGAUGGAUUUGCAUGUUAAAUUGAUGUAUCGUUUAGAAAACUUUGAUGGUGGUCAAUUAGAUCUAAAAGUUUUUGAAUGUGGGAUUGUAUUUGAAGCUGUUGACACCAAAUUCUUCGGCGGCAGUGCGCUUCCACCAUCGUUGAGAACACCAAUGCAGAAAUCUCUUGUGACAGAUUUACAGGAGCAGGUAUGUGGCGUUCUGCCGAUUGUCUUUGAUCAGGUUGAGCAGAUAUGGACGGAUAGUAUAAACGCGGUGAUUCCUCUGGGCCCCUAUGGAAAUGCCAUGUUUCAGUUGGCAGCCUUGCCUAAGAUAACAUCCAUUCAUCUUGAAAUAGAUAUUCAUUUUUCUGUCCAGUUAGAGUCAGGCAUAAUUAUCUCCAUCCCCAAGUCAGCUGCCUUGAUCGAAGGGCCUUCUUUGAAUGGCCGCGACUACUGUGUUGCUUUCCACCCAGAAGUCUUCAACAUACUACUGCGUGUCUUCGCCCCCAAACUGCCUUUGGAACUGAGCAAUGACCCUGCGGUGUUCUCUAAAGCCGAGGAGCUGAGGAAGGCUAUUGUGGCUCUGCUUCCACCUUGGAUUCUUCCAGACCUCCCCACGAGUGACUUCCAUCUUAAAAUUGCUGUUAGGGGAAACCCACACAUUGCAUUUGACACUGAUGGUGGCACUGUGAUUCUCCUUGCUGGUAUCGAGAUCCUGGCCAAGAAAAAAGAUGAAUCUCCACUUUCUGUAGCUGUCUUGAGAUGUAUCGUUUCCUUGAAAGCCACCUUCUCUUUGCAUGAUGGCAAACUGACCGUCAACCUCUCACUCUCCAAGAACGCUCUUACGCUGGUGACCUCAGCUGCUGGAAUCAUUUAUCCUUCUGGUCUUCUGCCUCCCAUCAACAUCUUAAUAGAGGAAAUUAUUUUGCCUGCUUUCAAUGAGCCACUUUCCCAUGGUUUACCACUGCCUGAAUUCCUAGGCCUUUCCCUUGUGAAUGUGAAUAUCAAAAUAGUUGGGCACGCCCUUGUGAUCUGCAAGUGA